GGCGGAAGUGACGGCGCGCGCUGGCGGCGCUUCCUGCGUGCGGCCGGUGCCGUUGGGUCCCGGCGGGAGCGGCGCGAGCGGGGCCGCGCGGAGGGGGCGGCGCGGGACUUGAAAGACUCAGCUGUUGUUAACAAGACACCUACUGAAACAUGGUGGAUUACUAUGAAGUUCUGGGAGUGCAAAAGCAUGCCUCAGCAGAGGAUAUUAAAAAAGCGUACCGUAAAUUGGCACUAAAAUGGCACCCUGAUAAAAAUCCAGACAAUAAAGAUGAGGCGGAACAGCAAUUUAAACAAGUAGCUGAGGCCUAUGAAGUUUUGUCAGAUGCUAAAAAACGUGACAUCUAUGACAGAUAUGGAAAAGAAGGCCUAAUAAAUGGAGGCGGAGGUGGAAAUCAUCACGAUAAUGCGUUUGAUUUUGGAUUUACAUUCCGUAACCCAGAUGAUGUUUUCAGGGAGUUUUUUGGUGGAAGGGACCCCUUUUCAUUUGAUUUCUUUGAAGACCCUUUUGAGGACUUCUUUGGGGGCAGACGGGGUCCAAGGGGAAGCAGAAGCAGAGGUGGUGGAGGAUCAUUUUUCACUGCCUUUGGUGGAUUCCCUGCUUUUGGAAGUGGUUUUAGUCCAUUUGACACAGGUUUUACUUCGUUUGGUUCUCUGGCACAUGGGGGCAUUACUUCGUCGUUCUCUUCUUCGUCAUUUGGUGGCGGUGGGAUGGGCAACUUCAAAUCAGUAUCAACCUCAACUAAAAUAGUUAAUGGCAGAAAAAUUACUACAAAGAGGAUUGUUGAGAAUGGACAAGAGAGAGUAGAAGUUGAAGAAGAUGGCCAGUUAAGGUCGCUAACAAUAAAUGGGGAGCCAGAUGAAGAAGCCUUUGCCGAGGAGUGCCGACGGAGAGGACAACACGCGCUGCCUUCCCAGCCGGCCAACCCUCCUCGCCUGCAGAAGUCUCACAAGCCUGCCAGCUCCCCCCGCUAUGCCUUUCAUUAUAAUAGUGAUGAGGUGGAAGAACAGGAUAGAAGCCGGGUCAUGAGCAGCUUCGAGGCCCCUUUUCAUUUAUCAGGUGUGCACAAGCAUGGUGGGGACAAACACGCGAAGGACGAUCCAUCAGCUAGUCAAAAGCCAAAACCAAAAAGCCAAGCAAGAAGUUGGUGCUGUGUGUUGACUUAAUGUUAGCUCCCUGGGUAGAUCAUAAACAGCAGCUUAUGUGCCUUCAUCCUGCUUUAGCUCUGAUCUUCCAUUUAGCCUAGAUUCACUAAGGCCCUGGGAUACUUAAGGAUCCAGGGCAAAUAUUGUUGUGCUGCUGAAGUGCCUCUGCUCUUUGUUGUUAAAAAUGAAGGCCUUUUAGAGGUUAACUCAUCACAAUACUUUGCACAUUCAUUUACUUAUAUUGUGCUUGGCUUCCUUGUCCAAGGAGAAGUUCAGCAACUUAAUACUAUUUCUGGAAGCUGCAGUUUUAGGCAUCUAAAUCUUAAUAGAGAAGGCUGAGACCGUUCAGGCAAAUGUGGCAACGUGGCAAUUGUCCGGGUUAUUUUUGGAAGUAAUUAGUCCUUUGAUAUAUUUCCAGUCUGUAAUGUUUUGGCAAUGUAGUCCAGAGGCUAUCUUGGACAACAAACUCCUCAUAAGUACUUGAUUUAAUUGGAACCUGUGGUCAAAGAUCAUCCAGGACUGCCAAGACAGGUUUUUCUGAUACAUGAAGAUGCCUUCCUGCUUGGAUGCCCAAACCAAGGGCCCUUCUCAGUAGUGUGGAAUUAGGCAAAGUGCUGGGAAGUGUGAGCAUAUGAGGCUCCUCAGGGUAAACACAGCACAUGAAAAAUAUGCACUGUCCCCCAGAACAGGCACUCACGUAUUCCCAGUGCUGCACCAACUUCCACUGUGUUUAUGAGCCUUUAAAUCUAACACUGCCUUCUUUAUGGAAGACCUAAAAAUACCACGUGGGAUGACAGAUUGAAAAAACAGAAACGUUUUGUUAAAUGUCUUCCUGGUCAGUUGCUGGAAGUUUUGUCUCUUAAGGAUGGCAAAGUUGAAUCUUCUCCUUAAAAAAAAAAAAGUUACAGAGGCCUGAAUGUAACCGUGUAACCUCUGGGCUGGUGUCCUGAAUCUCCCACUCAAGGGUUACAGGUUUGGUCUCCUGUGUCUGUAGCUGGCAAAACAAAGCUUUGGCUGUGCCUUUGGAGAAGUGAGGAUCUCUGCAAUCAUAACAACACUCUGCAAUGAUUUCUGAAGGGCAGCUGAGGUUGACGUGCUCUGUGCAAUUUUUGGAGCAGUUUUUAAGAUUGCUUAGGACUUUUUGCUGUGAAUUUAUUUAUGUUCCAAGACGCACAAGUUUGCAAUUAAAAUUAAUUUCCAGAAGUAUUAGCGCAAUCACAAAAUCCUCUCUUCUACCAGUAGAUUGUGAGUUGCCAUAAAAGACUCAGGGUGGAAAACUUGAUUGAAGUAAGACUUAAGAUUUUACUGCUGAUUUAAAUAUUUUGCCUGCUGUUCCUCUGAUGGACAGGGCUGCUGAAGGACUGGUCGAGUCAGUCAUAAAAACCUACGUGAGUGUCUUAAUCCCUCCUUGGGAAGUUUUUGCACGAGCCCUGGCCAGUAACACCCUUCUCCUUCAUGGGUGUUCACCUCUGCUGACUGCCUUGCCCAGAAAGGAGGCUUCACCAGCACAGCUCUGUAAUUACAGAGACCACUGACUCGCUCCCGCUUGGCUUCUCAUCGAUCACUGCGACAGCUGCCGUGCUUACACGGGCCGGCGUUGGGGGAGAAUGGCAUCUUUUUCUGCCUUGGUCCAGAGACCUCUCAAUUCAGUUGAAAAUUGGUAAAGUCCAAUGGCCUCAAACCAGGCCCUGUUCCACCUCAAAUCAGACAGUUUUGCCACCACUGAUGUGGGGCCCUUGGCGGCGGGACCACGCAGCAGUUUUAGAUGUUGUCCCAGUUGGAGCAUCUCGAGCAAACCCGCAGUCACUAAUGAUUUACCUGAAGUGAGAUGUUCUUUGUGGUUUUUUUUUCCCAGCUCUAGGAAUGGGACUGUUUGAGUUUUGAUUUGUAAGCCUGUAGGAAAUUUAAACGAAGGAGAAGGGGAUAGGGUUCACUUUGACUAUGUGGUGGGUAUCCCUCUGGAAGUGGCAUCUCUCUAGUGCCCAAGAGGAAAGUCUGGCCAGCUCACUUAGACUGUCAUCCAAUAUCCAGAGGUGAGAUGAAUGCUAUCCUUAGUCAGGAUUCCAGUCGUCGCAGUGGGUAUUUAAUAAAAAAUUAGAGUUUAAUUUGAUUCUCCAUCUAACACUUUGUGUUUUAGUGGAAAUUGCUCUGGAAGCUGUUCCUAGCUUUGUAAUGGCCACUUAGAAUAAAACUUCACCUCUUGUGCUCUGAAAUCGCUGCAUAUCUCAAACAGUUCUCUAGCUCCAAACAAGGAAUUUUAAAAAUAAUAAUUCAGAUACUGCAAGUGAUGUGCUCCCUGAUCAUGUGAUACAUGGCUGACUGGUGGGAUCCAAGCUGUGUCCAAGUGACAUUAAAUGCCAGCAGAGACCUGGGGGUGGCAGCCAUUAAUGGCAGAGAUGGUGGUAAGUUCCCCUAAAAGACUACUGCUCUGGAUUUUUGAGAGUUUUGACCUUUAUCCAGAAAGAAUGGCUGAAAUGUUUAAUUGUUAAAAUACUGAAAAAUACAUGAUACAAAAUCUCAUUAUUUGGAAAAUAAUAUUGCAAGGUUUGCUCUUCCUUUUGAAUGAAAUAGCUUGCAUUAACCUACAACUUACAACAUUAAUUAUUCAUUUUUGCUGCAUUUUUAUCUGCUGGCAUCUGUGAAGAGGAAACCACUCUAAAAGAGCUAGCUUAACUAAUCUUGAUCCUUUCCUGGCAUGGAUUCCUCUUCUGGAAACUUGAGCUAUUUGUACUUUAUUUCAUCUUUAACUCAGUCUCUGUUCUUUUUACCAACAUGCGGUUUCCUGACACUUUACUAACUAGUAACAGCAAUGUGCUUGGUUAUCCAAACUAAUUACUUUAUGAUUCCAUCACAUACUUAGUUUUGGGCAUGUAAUGGAAAGAGAAAGGAAAGCAAAGCCACUGUUUUCUAUGGAAACCUAAUACGUGAGGAAUUCUGGAGGCGCGGAGAUGGAGUUCCCUCUCCCUUUGCUCCACAUCCCCUGGCUGUAACUGUGUGCGAGUGGGAGCAGCCGUACUCUUCUGGGGCAGGGGGUGGGAAGGCUGGCUGGUGGAUUUGGGGACUGGCUGGUUGCUCCCUGGCUCAGCCCAGAGCUGCCCUCACGCAUGGUGUUUUGGCUGCUGGUACGAAAUCAUCCUGUAACCCAUCUGCUUCCCGUCGAGGACAGCUGGGUUGCACGUGGAAGGGAUUCCACGGCUGCAUAGCCCUGCAAGCUUUUGAUUGCCAUUUGGGAGUAAAACCUUGGAAAUCUACUCAGUAAUAGCGUUACCUGUGCUAUUACCUGCCUAUUACUAGGCAAGCAGGUUGUAUCUGGCUUGGUAUGUUCUUGAGGCAAUUCUAGGCAGAACUGGUAAUGAAAACAGCAUGGUGAGCAAGCGUGAAGGAAGGCCCCUGCAAGUUGCUAAAGCUUUUCAGUCCCCUAAAACAUCAAAGCUGGGAUUACAUCACUGGGUUGGCCAGUGAAACUGGAGAACUCGCCCCUUGGAUUUAACAGUGCAGAUAAUUAAACAGUGGAGCAGCAUACCUAGACAGGGUGGGAUGUUUUGUCACCUCAGGUCUUUACGUAAAGGCAGGCUCCCUCUCCACAGUGCUCCAUGGCACGGGCAGGAGCUGUGGAUGUGGUGAGGGAAUUAGUAGGUCAGGUGGUAGUGUAUGCUGGGCAAGGGCUCAGGCUGAAAGGAGGGGAUGUGAAAGUGUGGUGCAAAGCUGUAAUUGCAGAGUGAGUCACGUGCCUGAAAUUAUAUUGAAGCUGUGAGCUGGGGUGAAUUUUUAUAAUGGCAUAUGUGAGUGUGGUCAGUCUGAAAUAACAGAGGGUGGCUGCAGCUCAGAAGUAAGCUAAGCUGCCUUUGAAAUUGCAAUUUAUUGUUUUGAAUAGAGAGACAUUUCUAAGAGCAGAGAACUAGAAAGAGCACUAUAGAACCCACCUUGAGAGUGCCCUGCUGCCUUGUUAAAGCUCUGUGUGAGUGUUGGGACUGUGACUGCUUCCAUGGUUUGAAGGAGGGCAAAAGACUGGCCACGAUCUUAGUAAAAAUUAGUGGAUCUUGGAAAACAUUCUCUGUGACCUGAGCAGAAAGCAUGAAUCUCUCCCACCCCCAACCUCAACAUUUCACUCUGAAAGUGGAAUGAGAUUCCUCCAAAGUCUUCACUGUUGCAGAUCUUCUGUAAAAAUCGGUCCGUGGCCUUUGUUGCUGGCUGAUGUGGGUCAAGAAGCAGCAACGCUGCAUGUUAAUUGUCAGUUGUGACUGAACACCUUGUUUCCCUCUGCUGUUUCCUGUGCUCCUCUGUGCUGGCAGAAGGAAGGUGGAGCAGACCCGUGGCUGCUCUCUGCAUCCUGGUGGAGCAGGCAGAUGUCAGGCAGGGCAGGAAGAAGUAGGAUACCAGAAAUGUGUGGGGUGGGAGUGUUUUCCCCAGGACACUUGUGCCUUUGGAUCGGCUGCCUGAUAUGCACACCUCCUUCACAGCUGCCACCCAAGAAUGUGAUGAAUUUCACAGUCAGUGACCGAACAAACUGGUGACUUUGGGAGGUGCAGAUGGCAGGGAAGUAGAAAGCCAGAAGGCAAGUCAGUCUGGGACACAGCGGAGAGGCUUCCCACUUUGUUUUGGUCCUUGCUGAGUGGGGGUUGAGGGAGUUACACCUAAGUGUUGUUGGAAGUUGUUUUCAGCUUUCAGCACCUUUAUGAAAGCUGGAGUAGCUUCUGUGCUCCUUGUGGUUCUUCUGGAAGUAGAUGAGAAGGCAAUGAAAUGGAAAGAGUGGGUCAGCUGUUGCUGUUUGUUUUAGACAAGAAUUAUCCAGGUAGUAAACCAACUAUAAUUCCAAAUGGUGUGGAUUAUUGCUUCAUCCCUCUCUGCUUCUGGCAGCUGACAAAAGCAAGAAAUACCAGGCUGAUAUCUAUCUGCUUUUGAGUGAAUCUGUUUUCCAAAAGUCACAGCUUGGGGAAGCUCUCAGCAGCCUGUUCUCCCUCCACCCUGUAAUGCACUUCUAGAGUUCAGAUGGCAAACAAUUGCUUCUAAGGGUGGAAAUUUGAACAGCCUUCUCCAAGAACAGGACUGUUUGGCUGAAGCCAGUUCAGCCUGGCACUCACUAUGGGAAGUUCCUCUGGACACUUUGUGAUGCUGGCAACUCUCCAGGACACAGGCUCACUGCAAAAUGAUCAAAUAGUUAUGGGGCUGCUGCCUUCUAAUUCAGAUUUUGUUAUUUUGUGAUUUUGGGGCUAGUCUUGUAACCAAGGCAGCUAAAUAUGCUUUUAAUUAGCGCUGGUUGAAGUAUUUGAGUGAAACAUGCACCGAAGGGUUACAUCUUUAGUGUGCAAUUCUUAUUUGUGUUAGGAGCUGCUUCGCUUAUUUGGAUCAGGUUUUUGGCUGUUAUCACCCAGCAUAGCAUCACUGGAGCUAACAGACUGGCAAAGUUUGACCUAUCCUUUCUUCUUAGCUAGGGGUAUAAAAGGAAAUGGUAGAGAGUGAAAUUAUUUAUCACAGCAGGCUCAAAACAGAAAAGACCUGGCACUUUUCUCUUGAGGAAUACUCUAUAUUUCUUAUCUUCUACUUUGGCCAAUCUGUUUCUGUGUGUCAGUGAUAAAAGAAAGCUUGAAAGAUUUCCACUUUUCACCCUUAUCAUUCCGAAGGCUGGUAGGAAACCAUGUUGUCAAAAGCCUAAAUAUCUUCAUACCACAUUAUUUUAACUUUUGAGUUGUUUCAUUUAUAAGACAAUGAAUUAUGUGGCAUUCACUUUAAGUCAUAAUUUACAUUGACUCACAGUAUUUUUAAGGAAGGGUUGCUAGAACUGCUUUCAAAAUCUCAAACAUUUGAAGAAAAUGGACUGUUGCAAAAAAAAAUAUUAUAAAAUGACAGCAUCAAAUGCAAUCAUGCCUGGAUGUGGAAGCCUUUUAGAAAUACCAACAGUGUUUUGAGAAGGAAAAAUGCAAAAAUUAUGAAGCUAAUAACCUGCUAGGGCUUAAUGACCCUUUCCCAAAUAUCUGUGUUAUUGUUUCAUAGUUAUUUCAUGAACUAGUUCUGAUCAGCUGAUAUGAUGCUGUUUUUCCCUCCAGUAAAGGGAAGAAUCCUUUGAAUAACAUCCCCUGGAUGAGUGAUCCUCAGGAGUCAGCAUGUCUCUUCUGCCUCCAUUGACCUCUGUGAGAAAGCAGAGAGAUGCUUGAUCCCUUCUGGGAUGGGUGCCUUACUCAGUAAAUUGAAUGCCAAGGGAUCCUAUUUUUGGUGAUGUAUAGGUGACUGAGGGGCUGACAUGGAAGGAAACUUCCUGGAUGGAUUCUAAGUGAGUGGAUGUUCACAGAGUGUCCCCAGGGACAGGAUUGUAGCUCAGGGGGUGGCAGGGUGCAGGGAAGACCCAGCUUCAUCUGCAGUCCUGCAAAGCACUGCCAGUUCUCUCUUCCUUAAACAAGAAAACUGGUUUCCACUCUAACUUUGUGCAAGCUGAUCGCUCAUGGCAGAAUUUCUAAGUAAAUAUCCUGCCUCUUGACUCAGAUGAUUGCAAAAGAUGAAGUCAUGCUGUUGAUACAACGUAGGAGCUAGAGUGAUAACCCAGAACAGUUUCCCUUUGCUACCAGGGAGUGUAUUUCCUCUAAUGCACAAGCCUUUGAUAACAUCUCAAAUGGUUUUAGCCUAAAAACUUGUCUCAUGGUUCUCCCCAAGACUUAAACUGAAGAACUGCAGAUCUGCCGUGGGCACAUCUCUAAUUACACUUGGGAGGAGCUCUGAUGAGGAGCAAACUGCAGCCACAGUGUGGUUUUGUACUCCUCCAGCCUCCCACCUCUUCCUUUUCCCACCUUAAUUUUGCUCUUGAUACUGAAUUGAUGGAGAACCAGGUGCAGCAGUGACAUGGCUUCCUCAGGGCCAUCUCUGCCUGCCUGCCUGCCCACGACACAGAGGGAACAAAGACAUUUCCAUACUGGCAGAGCUGUGCCCUGCCAGGGUCAUUCCUCUCACUCCCAGCCCUGCCCCUCAGCUGGUUUGCAGCAGCUCAUCCUCUCUGUGCUGGCCCCAGUCACUGGGCUGUGCUGAUUCCCAGUGGCAGAGCACCACUGAGCUAAAAUAUCCCUCCAGCUAUCUGAAAGCACCACAGAAGGAUUGUCUGAGGGAAAUGUUUACUGGCUUUCAGUUUAGAUUUACGAGUGCACCUGGGUAGAUUGUGGUGGCUCACACAGUUCACUGCCCGUGCAAGUCUGCCAGCAAGUUGGAUUUUACUGCAAAUUUGGAGGAAAAGGUGUGAUGCACAGCAAGAACUGUUUUUCACACACGAUUGUGGGGGGGGGGAUAAACCAUUGGAAUGAUGAUCACAUGGCUGGAAGCUUGUGCCUACUGAACCUGUAGCAAAUAAUUGUUGCUUGAACUCAAUGCUUUCAUGCACCAUUGGAGCUGCAGUAGAAUAUAACCGGUGGUGCAUAGUUAAGCAUGAGCAGGCUGAUGACCAGCAUAUAAAAUAUAUAUUGGUAAACACUGAGCACCUUCUUAUUUACUCAGGAUUCUUGGUAUUCCCUAGUCUUAAAAUGGAAAUGCAAAUGUCAUGGUAACUCUGACUCCUGUGAGCAGGAAAUGCCAGUACUUAAAUAGCUCCUGCUGUAUAAGUCUUAUUUAUUGCUUCCAUUUUGAAAAUUAUUCUGAUUUUGCAUGUGCUCUAAUUUUGAAGCUUUUCCUGAAUGGCUUUGAAGUAUUUUGAAAGUUCUCCAGAUCUUUUCAAACUUCAAAGAUUGGUAGUGUUUUCUUUCUAUCCCAGGUAAGGGAUAUAGUAGAAGGGGGGAUAUAGUGGAAAUGGUGAUUUAAAAAAAAACCCUAAACAAUACAUUAGGAAGCCAGACCUUUUCUUUAAUAUUUCUUAAACCAUUCAGAGAACAUGUGCUUUUGCUAGAUGGAAAAGUCCAUGAAUGCUGUGAAAAGUGUUUUACAAGCCAUGUUUCCUCAGGAUACAAAGAAGUCAGCAAGAGGAGGAAGCAGAAGCAGAGAGAGGAACAGAAGAAGAAGAAGUCAACCAAAGGGAGUUACUAAAAUGGACUUCUCUGCUAUGCCAAUACCUUUAUAAUAAUGACAACUUCAUGUUACCUUUGAGCACACCUCUUCUGUGUAUAUUUUUUGAUUGUUCACACUGCUAGCAAGGAAGUGACUCAUGUUUAAAACUGUACUAAAAUUGCACUAUGUUAUUCCUUUUAGUUUCACGGAGUGGCUUUCUUGCCAGUCAGGUUAGGGAAUUCGGACGAGGCUGGUCGUGGUUAGGAGUGUUUUAUGUUUGGAGAUUGGAAGGCGUUACAGAAUUUCUUACCUCUUCCUUCCCUGGGACUAAAACGACUCUAUUCUAGUCUUUGUUAUUUGUUUUGUAGGAGAUAAAGGGUUGUGCAAAUGCCUGUUUGUUUGGUCAGUGGCAUCAACAUCAGGCCUGUUAAAAGAGGAGUCCUGUUCAGUCAUGUCAUUGGGAAUGGGACUGAGACGUGAGCUCUUAUAGGGUAAUUUAUGCAAGCUUAAUAAGUGACUUCUAUGGUUGGGGUUUUGUUUUGUUUUUUUCCCCCCCAGGCUGGGCAGUUUUGUCCCUGAUAUUAAAAUGUUCCUACAUUUUAAACUGUAUCCUGAGGUUAUAUCCUCUGAUUUUAAGAAGCAUAGUGUAACGAUGGCCUCCUGUAAGUACUCCUACUGAUUUCUUUAAGCUUAGUUGACUCCUGAUGAAUCAUUUAGUGAAAUCAUUCCUUAUUUUAAAAGUUUAUUUUCAGAACGUAGAGACAAAUGAUCCAAGAGCUACUUUAAAACUGCUCUUUGUUUCUGCUGAGUAGGCUUUAGAUAAUAAACAUUUUUUCAGCAUCCAUUUAACGUUUUAUCCAGUUGUUUCUGCAAAGAACUUAUACUUUUAUGUAUGAAAACAUUUUGCAGGACUGUUUUUUUUAGCUUGAAAAGAUGUCUUAGAUUUAAAAGAAAUAAGUAUUUUCUGGCAAGAUGACUUCCUUGCUUCCCAUACUCGUCUCAUGUGCAUGACACAUCGCUUCUCUUAACCUUUUAGUGUGUACAGAGCCCUUCUGUUGCCUUAAGCAUUUACCUGCAUGUUCCUUGUCAGUACGUUGUCUCCUCUUUUUAACCUCCAGGUAGGAGUUAGCAGCUUAUGGUUUUGUUUUGUUCCUUUUGUCUUCCUCUUGCCGAUACGUUGUUGAUGUAACAGCCUUAAACCUGGCAAUAUUGAAAGGCCACAGUUCCUGGAGAAACUCACUCGUCCUAACGUUUAAAAGAUGUAGGAAUGCACAUAAUGGUGUAAGAGAGAAGCUAAACAGAAAGUCAAGUCUGCAUUUUAGCAUGGUUUGAUAUAACAAAUUCUGGUGUCUCUGGUAUCUGAAUGGUUUAGCUUCAAUUACCCCAUGUAACCCUCUGCAAGCAUAUAACCCUUUGUGAACUCUUAGGGGAUGUAAAUUACGGUUACUGUGGAAUACGACCGAGUACCAGUUUUCUGUCACUUAAGUACCACUUUUUUUGUGCAGUGUUACUAAUAUUUAAAAAUAAAGAAAAUCUGCCUUUA